AUGGGCAAUCUGAUGUCGACUUCUUUUGCCCCAGAGUGUACGGAACUGAAGCAGAAGUACGACGCUUGCUUUAACUACUGGUAUACUGAGAAAUUCCUCAAAGGAAGUAGUGUCUACAAUGAGUGCGAAGACCUUUGGGCAGACUAUAAAGAAUGUCUUGACUUGCAUUUAGAAAAACAGGGGAUCAAGCCGAUGUUAGACGAAGCCCGCAAAGAAGCGCCGUUCGAAAACGGCGGAAUACCCGUGGAAAAACCAAACGACAAAUAA